AUGCAACGGUUCUUGGUGUGCGGUGGCUUGGAUGCGCUCUUAAGGCGCACAUUAGCGCGCGCAACGAGCACGAGCACGCGUUGGCGCAACCUUGAGAUCCUUGACGUACCCGUACAUAAGGAUAAGACAUUUCCGCAAGGGUAUUGGUUCUGGUGGCGUAGCAGUGGACUUUUAGUUCCUGGUGGGCGUACGAGGCGGUCAGCGCUACAGCCGAGCGUGCCCUGCUGCGCGAGCAUCGCGACCAAAGCCAGCGGUUCGAGUGCCUCGCUGUCGCCGCCGCGUGCCUCGGCAGCUAUGGACACAUCAAAUGAUGAAGCCACGGACUUGCAGCCGCCGGUUCGGGGAGCGCCGCCUGGAGCGAUGCCCACCGCGGAGGAUCAAGCAACCGGACUGGAGCGUUUGGAGCUGGAGUACCCCGACCUUUUCAAACACAACGAAGUUAUCCGCGGGCCUUUCGGGACCAUGGAUGCUCCGGUUAUGGUCGAGAGCGCCUACAACAGCCGUAUCGUGGGUUGCACGGGUCCCGCUGCACCCAAUGAUCACGACCUCUACUGGCUCGAAGUGCGGAAAGAUCAACCCGCAGUUUGCCCACUUUGCGAACAGGUAUUUACGCUUAAACAAGUGACGUAA